ACCAAAAAGGCCACAAUUAAAAGACACAAACACACACUUCACAAGUUAGACAAAACGAAAGAAGCAAAAAUGAGUGUAUUGCUCAUCUUUCUUUUAGGCAUACUAUCUGUCGCCACUUCUUUCCCGGAAACUCACUACCAUGAGUUCGUGGUCCAAGAAACACCGGUGAAAAGGCUUUGCAAAACUCAAAACAUAAUCACGGUGAACGGGCAAUUCCCAGGUCCAACUAUCGCCGCAAGAAACGGAGACUCACUAGCCAUUAAAGUCACCAAUCGAGUGCGUUACAACAUUAGCAUACACUGGCACGGUAUACGACAGAUGCGGACCCCGUGGGCGGAUGGGCCUGAAUUUGUGACACAGUGCCCCAUCAUGCCCGGCAAAACCUACACUUAUCGAUUCAAGAUUGAGAAUCAAGAGGGCACGUUGUGGUGGCACGCCCAUAGCCGGUGGCUCAGAGCCACGGUCUAUGGGGCCCUCAUUAUUUUUCCGAAAUCAGGCUCCUCGUAUCCCUUCUCUGCACCCAAGAUUGAUGUUCCCAUCAUUCUUGGGGAGUGGUGGAACAGAAACAUCCAAAAAGUUAUGAAACAAGCCCUCUACACUGGAGCUGCCCCAAAUGUUUCAAAUGCCUACACGGUCAACGGUCAGCCAGGAGAUCUCUACAAAUGCUCUAACCAAGACACGACCAAGAUCUCAGUAAACCCUGGGGACACCGUGAUGCUCAGAGUAAUCAACGCUGCACUCAACCAAGAGCUCUUCUUCUCUGUGGCCAACCAUAAACUGACUGUGGUCGGGUCCGACGCCGCCUACAAUAAGCCCUUCACGACCAACGUGAUCAUGGUCGGGCCGGGGCAGACCACCAACGUCGUCCUCAAAGCCGACCAGCCACCCGCGCGCUACUACAUGGCAGCGCGGGCCUACCAGUCCGCACAAAACGCGGCUUUCGACAACACCACCACCACCGCGAUCCUCCACUACAAAACUGCCUCGGCCGCCACCAACCCUGUCCUGCCCCGGCUACCGGCUUUCAACGACACACGCACCGUCACCUCAUUCUCGAGCCGGCUCAGGAGCGUACGAGCCCUAGCUAAAGUCCCAACACAAAUAGACGAAAAUCUAUUCUUCACCGUUGGAUUAGGCCUCAUAAAUUGCAAUCCUGGCCCAAGAUGCCAAGGCCCCAACAACACACGUUUCACCGCAAGCAUGAACAAUGUAUCUUUUGUGCUACCAAGAACUGUUUCCCUUAUGCAAGCCUACUACCAAAAGACGCCGGGAAUCUACACUGUCGAUUUCCCGCCGUCUCCUCCGCGCAAAUUCGACUACACGGGCAACGUGAGCCGGGCGUUGUGGCAGCCCCGCUCCGGCACCAAGCUGUACAAGCUCAAGUUCGGGUCGAACGUGCAAAUCGUGCUGCAGGACACUGCCAUCGUGACGACCGAGGACCACCCGAUCCACCUUCACGGCUACCACUUCUUCGUGGUCGGUGAAGGGUUCGGAAACUUCAACCCGGCAACGGAUACCGCCAAGUUCAAUCUCGUGGACCCACCGGUUCGGAACACGAUCAAUGUUCCGGAUGGUGGGUGGGCUGUCAUUCGCUUCCGCGCAGACAAUCCCGGCGUGUGGCUUUUCCAUUGCCACAUAGAUUCACAUCUGACAUGGGGUUUAGCGAUGGCAUUCAUCGUCGAAAAUGGAGAAGGCCCGUCACAAUCCGUCGAGGCGCCGCCGGCUGAUCUGCCCAAGUGCUAGAGAGCCUAUUCCCGUUUUCGUAUUAUAUCAAGUUUACAUUGCGCUUGUCUAGAAGCAUAGAGUUUGGUUUUUUUUUGUUUCCUACAUAUGGUUUGUAUUUGUAUUGUCUCAAUUGAGUUGUAUGCAUUGC